AUGAGAUCAGUUACUCUUCUGACAGCAGCGUCUGCGCUGCUGCUCGCCGGCACUGAUGCAUUAAACACCGGCGUUCAUGCUGGCCGGCCUCGCGAGGUUGUGCUGGACAGUUCAAAGGGCCCUCUGCUUCAAGACAUUGUCACCUGGGACGAAGAUUCGCUUUAUAUCCAUGGCGAGCGUGUCGUCAUCUUCUCCGGCGAGGUCCAUCCCUUCCGUCUCCCUGUGCCAUCCCUGUAUCUCGACGUAUUCCAAAAGAUCAAGGCCUUGGGAUUUAACAUGGUCUCGUUUUAUGUCGAUUGGGCACUUUUGGAGGGAAAACCGGGACACUUCCGUGCGGACGGCAUAUUUGACCUUGAGCCCUUCUUUGAGGCUGCCACCAAGGCUGGCAUUUAUUUGCUGGCUCGCCCGGGGCCUUAUAUCAAUGCGGAAGCGUCAGGGGGUGGGUUCCCCGGGUGGCUAGCGAGAGUCAAAGGCAUUCUCAGAACGAAUGCAACUGAUUACUUGGAUGCUACCAAUAAUUACGCGGCACAUGUCGCCCGUAUCAUCGCAAAAGCACAAAUCACAAACGGAGGACCAGUGAUUUUGUAUCAGCCAGAGAACGAGUACAGCGCUGGCAAUGCGGGCGUCGUGUUUCCAAACAAGCCGUAUAUGCAGUACGUCAUUGAUCAGGCUCGAGAUGGUGGCAUUAUCGUCCCUCUGAUAAACAACGACGCGUUCGCCGGUGGCACAAGCGCCCCUGGAACCGGUCUCGGCUCCGUAGAUAUAUACGGCUGGGAUGCUUAUCCUGUGGGAUUUGACUGUGCCCAUCCAUAUUCCUGGCCGGAAAACGGGUUACCUAUAGGACAACAGCAAACACACCAAAGGAUAAGCCCAAAUACUCCAUUUUCUCUUGUCGAGUUCCAAGGUGGCGCUUUUGAUCCAUAUGGUGGAUGGGGCUUCGACCAAUGCUCCAUUUUGGUUAAUCACGAGUUUGAGAGAGUCUUCUAUAAGAAUAACUUCGCAUCCGGCGUAAAAAUCUUCAAUAUUUACAUGAUAUUUGGCGGUACUAACUGGGGCAACCUCGGACACUCUGGCGGCUACACAUCGUAUGAUUAUGGGGCGAGCAUCAGAGAGGACCGAACAGUUGAUAGAGAAAAGUACUCGGAGUUGAAACUGCAGGGCCAGUUCUUGAAAGUCUCUCCUGGAUAUAUGACAACUACCCCUGGCAACUUAACCCAAGGAGUAUACAGUGACAACAAGGACAUUUCGAUAACGCCACUCCUAGCGAAAGAAAAUGGCAACUUUUUCGUUGUGCGCCACACAAACUACUCAAGCCUCGAUUCAACAUCUUACACAGUCAAGCUACCAACCUCUGCUGGAGAAUUAACCAUCCCUCAGCAAGGCGGAACGCUCACUCUCAACGGCCGCGACUCCAAGUUUCACGUUACUGAUUAUCCCGUGGGCAACUUUUCGCUGCUUUACUCAACUGCAGAGAUAUUUACCUGGAAGCAGUUUGCCAACAGGACCGUCGUGGUUCUAUACGGCGGCGCCGGAGAGCUGCAUGAAUUUGCUGUCAAAAAUCCAUUUGGAAGCACCAAAGCAGCUAAAAUCAAUAAGAUUGAAGGAAAUGGUGUUACCGUUCAUACUGCAAGCGAUUUGACGCUUGUUCUUCAAUUCACGGCUUCGACAGACAGACAAGUUAUCCAGCUGGGUGACUUGGUCGUCUACAUGGUUGACCGUAAUGCUGCGUACAACUACUGGGUUCCUACUCUCCCUGGAAGCGGUAGCCAGCCCGCUUACGGCAGUUCUUUGAUGAAUCCCGCUGCCGUAAUCGUAAACGGAGGCUAUCUUGUCCGCUCUGUUGCUGUUGAUGGAUCAACUCUCUCUUUACAGGCGGAUUUCAACGUCACAACACCACUAGAAAUAAUUGGCGCUCCUCAAGGUGUCACAAAGCUAGUUGUCAACGGAGAAGAGCUUCCAUAUACCGUUUCAGAGCUCGGAGACUGGACUACCAACCCAAAUACCGUGCUGCCGGUCGUCCAAAUUCCCGAGUUAACGAAGCUCACAUGGUACCAGCUAGACUCGCUUCCCGAAGUACAGAAGAACUACGAUGACUCCCACUGGCCCCUCGCCAACCACAAGACAUCAAACAACUCAGUAGCACCUCUGAAAACGCCCGUCUCGCUCUACGGCUCAGACUAUGGUUUCCAUGCCGGAACGCUCGUCUUCCGCGGCCGCUUCACAGCGCAGACUUCACAGCAGCAACUCUCCCUUACAACCGAAGGUGGCAAUGCCUUCGCCAGCUCUGUAUGGCUAAACGACAAGUUCAUCGGUUCCUUUCAUGGUUAUGACGCGGGCGUAAGCGCCAAUUCCACCUACAAACUCAACAACCUCGUUCGAGGAAAGAGAUACGUCCUCACCGUUGUCGUGGACUCCACCGGCCUCAGCGAAAAUUGGAACAUAGGUCUCGACGAGAUGAAAACCCCGCGCGGCAUCAUCGACUACAGCCUCCUCUCCUCCACCGGCGCCCAGGUCCCCAUCUCAUCAUGGAAGAUAACGGGUAACCUCGGCGGUGAGGACUACCAGGACACCUUCCGCGGACCCCUCAACGAGGGCGGCCUCUUCUUCGAGCGCCAGGGUUACCAUCUCCCCUCCCCUCCCCUCCAUGCUUUUGAUGGCCGCCACGGCGUAUCUCCCUACAAGGGCAUCUCACAAGCGGGAGUCGCCUUCUACGCCGCCAAGCUUACCUUGAACCUCCCCUCAGACGCAUACGAUAUCCCGCUAUCCUUUGUCUUCGACAACACCACCACCGCGGCGCCAUACCGCUCUCUACUCUACGUCAAUGGCUUCCAAUACGGCAAGUACGUCAGCAACGUCGGCCCGCAGACGGAGUUCCCCGUCCCGGAGGGCAUCCUCAACUACAACGGCGACAAUUGGAUCGGUGUGGCUCUCUGGGCGCUCGACGGCGAUGGCGCCAAGGUCCCAGGACUGGAGCUCAAGGCCAAGUCGCCGAUUCUGACGAGCAGGCAAAAGGUAGAGCUGGUUCAAGGCCCGGCAUAUAAGAAGCGAUGGGGAGCGUAUUAA